AUGACACACUACAUUGAUGGGAAAGACUGCAUGAUCUCAGAAUGGAUCCUCCUGAUCUUCGCAUACCUGUUCGUUGCGGCGCGCAUGUACACGCGUUUGUUCCGUCUCCGCGCAAAGUUGGACGCGUCUGACUACCUAUUGAUCGCAUCCGCGCUGAUUGCUUUGGGACUGAUCAUCUGCGACACGCUCACAUACCAGAUGGGAGUUUUGGACAAUUAUGAGACGUCAGAAAGGCUAUCAAAGAUCUCGUUCGCCUCGAACUACUUCUACGACGUCGGCAUGGGUUUCCCGAAACUCAGCAUGCUAGCUUUCUACUGGGCAUUCUUCAAUCUCUCCGGUCAUCCAGGACUACGCAAGAUGCUCUUCGGUAUCACAGCCUUUGUCAUCGCCAGCUACCUGGCUAUCCUCUUCGAUGAUACUUUCUUCUGCGGUACACCCGUAUCGGUGCAGUGGUCUCAAGAAGAAGGCGCGUGCUCUGUCUUCUACGCGCCGGAGCCGUUCAUCCUGAACUUCACUCUUAACUUGGCUUGCUACCUGGCGGUCUAUGCCGUGCCUGUAGUGCUCUUGGUGAAGGGUGUAUUGAGAUCUUCAACUGGCGUGAGUCUUACAUUCGCGCUGGGAGCGCUUACUAUUGCCUCAGGUAUCGUACGCUUCGUCUGCCUCAAGGUUGGAACAGGACAAGAAAACCUCGUUUAUCCACUCAGUAUGGUAGAGAUGACGCUCUCGAUCAUCGUCGUUGCGCUGCCGGGGCUCAAGCCACUUGUCAGACAAAGGAAAUUCUAA